AUGGAAUCUACAAACAACAUUCUUCCUAGAGAGACAGACAUACAAAAAGCCUAUGUUUUAAAAAAGUAUAAGAUAGGUUUUCCUAAGUGUGAACUGACAGCUGACCAUAAAAAUCAAACUAAUUGUGGCAAUCCACAUUGUUGUUAUAACAUUAAAGCAUUGCAUGUGAAUGAGGAACAAGAGUACAAGCUUCGAAAAACAGGUACUUAUGUCGGAUUGAAAAAUUUAGGAGCAACUUGUUAUAUCAACAGUUUUAUUCAACUGUGGUAUCAUAAUAUAAAUAUUAGAAAUACAAUAUUAAAUUGGAAUGAUGGUGAAAGUCCAAAUUCUAAUUUUGAAAUCUCAAAUGAGCCGAUGGCUGUAAUUCAUCAACUUCAAUUAAUAUUUGCCCAAAUGCAGUUUGGAAAACAAAGAACAAUAAAUCCUCAACCCUUCGUAAAAUCGUUAAAUAUUAACGUUAAUAUUCAAGAGGAUUCGGAAGAAUUUCAAAAUAGUUUAAUAACAUUUUUCGAGACAAAUUUAAAUUCACAAUCAAGUGUGUCUGUUAGAGAAAUGAUAAAAGACAAUUUUUUUGGUGAAUCUAACAGUGUAACUACAUGUUUAAACUGUAAAACUGAAUCAGUAACGACAUCACAAUUUAGGGAAAUUGGUUUAAACAUUAAAUGCUAUAACACCGUAACUGACUGUUUACAAGCGUAUUUUAAAAAACAAAAUUUGACAGGAAAAUAUGAUUGUGAGAAAUGUCAAAGUAAGCAAAACGCUGUUUGUCAAACUCUAUUAACUUCAUUACCAAAUUUAUUACAUCUUAAAGUCAUGCGUUAUGUGUUUGAUCACAAUCUGAAGAUAACAAAAAAAUUAAAUACUGUAAUUAGAUGCCCAUACACUGUAGACAUGGGAAAGUAUUUUGAUGUAUCGUAUGAAUCAUCAAAAGAGGAGCAUGUGUAUAGUUUAUAUGGAGUAUUAAUCCACAAAGGCAAAUAUGGAAAUUUUGGUCAUUUCAUUACACAUAUAAAAGAUUUGAAAACGGAACAAUGGUAUGAAAUGGACGAUGAAAGAGUGAAAAUGUUGAAUACUAACGAUUCAAAUUUGUACGAAGAAUGCAUAUUUAAGGAAUUAGCAUCAAUUGAAUCCAUCAACAUUUAUACAAACGAGUACAAAACAAAUAAUGCAUACAUGUUGGUGUACAUAAGAACUUCCACAGUAAUGAAAUUAAAAACCGAAUCAUCUGACUUCCAAUUGUCACCACAACUGGCUAAGUUCGUUGAGGCCCAAAACAAUUAUUAUAAAGACAGCAUAGCAUAUGAAAAGGAUAGUAUAGAAUCUGCAAAAUUUAUAUCAAGAUUAAUUGAAGAAAUUAAAUAUAAUGAAGUAAAAAAAGAUAAAGGCGAAGCCAUUGCGUACACCUGGCUAGAAUCAUUGGCAGAAACAAAACCUCCUGAGAAUGUUUUUAAAAUAAACAACACAUCCAUUGUAUGUCCGCAUAAAAAAUUGAAUCCUAAUACAUUACACUUAACCAAAUACAUUGGAACAAAACUUGCUGAUAAACUGUAUGAUUUGUAUCAAGGGGGUCCAAGACUUAAGUUAAAUUCGUCAUUAUGUGAUUUAUGUGUUAGAAAUAGAUCUGCCUUAUUAUGCGUGGACAAAUUAACCAAAGGACAUAAACAAUUAAUAUCCGAGAUUCAACAAUUUGACUCCUUAAAUGAUAAUAUAGAUGACAAAAAUAAUGAACAAACUUUUUGGUUAGGAAUACUAUCGUCUCAAUGUUGGAGGGUAAAAUAUAUGAAGAAGUUUGAAAAUUUUCUAAAACUUCACAAAAUACUUCCUAAAGUAACAUUGCCAAUAAACAAAGAAUUAUUAGUUACCACUUGUAAAUCGUUAAUAGAAAUUUUAGAUGAUACCCUUGUCAAUGUAGGUAUAGAAGAGAAUAAUAUUGAAACAGAUGACAGCACAGACAGUACAUUAUUUGAACCUGAUUAUAAUAUUAGUUUGUACAAAUUUAAAGAUAAUAUUAUGAAUAAUUACUUUGAAAAUUUAGAAAUUGAACGCACUCGCAUAAUGCUCCAUUUGAAUGUCAACGUUGAUAAUUUUAUAGACAGUAUUUUUGAUAUAGAAAAUACAGAAAAUGUGCCAUGGACAUUGAACGAAGAUAUAACAUGUCCACAUGGUAACUUAUGUAUAGCUGAAGAGACAAUGGUAUUAGUUCCCCGAGAAGUGAAAACUAUAUUUCAACUUUACUUUCCCAAAGUUGAACUUUUUGCUAAAAACACCAAACCAUGUAGACGGUGUAAGGCAUAUUAUAAAAAUGUAUUCAAUCCGAGAAUGAUAAAUUUUAUGAGUGGUGCUGUACAGAACAAAUAUUUAGGUCCUUUAGUAUGUGAUAAUUUAAGACCUUAUCACACGGUAGAAAAUGUUCCAUAUUUUUGCAUUCCCAAGGACUUUAUUAUAUCUUGGCAACAAUUUGUUGCCAACCCUCGUGAAAAACUCAAGCCCAUAAUGAUUAAUAACAAAUCCCUCCUUUGCCAAGAUCACAAUGAAUUGUUAUUUGAGCCAACACCUAAUUUUGUCGCAACAGAGCAGAGUGUAUCAGUGAUAAUAACUAAAGAAGAAUGGUUAAAUCUGUUAGAUUUUUAUCGAGCUGAUUGUGGAGUAUUUGCCUAUUUUGAUAAAUAUGGAAUAUUUAAAAAUUCCAUACCAAAAGUGUGUGGGAUAUGCAAUCCGGGCAAAGUAAGAAAGUUUGGGGAUUACAUUGGAUUAGAUGGAUUACGUCAAUACAAAUUUAACCAAAAACGUUGCUGUAGAAGGAACUGA